GAUACACUACAGUUGGCACUGGCAGGUUGUCUUAAGCAGCUCAUCAUGGGAUUCCUUGGUUACUCGGACGUGAUAUGUGAUGGAGACAAGGCUAUUGUGUAUCUGGGCUACAACUCCAUGAUGUCUUUGAAACUCAGCCACGGCACCGUCACGCAGACCAAGCGAGGUGCCUUACGACAUUCAGACAUCAUUGGCAAGAAGUACGGUUGUCGACUCAGCACCCUUAGUGAUAAGGGUUAUGUGCAUCUGCUGCAGCCGACUCCUGAACUCUGGACACUCAAUCUGCCCCAUCGAACACAAAUACUUUACUUUGCUGACAUCAGCCUCAUCACUUUGCAGCUGGAGCUCAAGCCAGGCUCUGUUGUAGUCGAAUCCGGAACUGGAAGUGGCUCAGUCUCCCAUGCGUUUGCGAGGACCAUAGCUCCCAAUGGCCACCUACAUACCUUUGAGUUCCAUGAGCAGAGAGCUGUCAAGGCAAGAGAGGACUUCAAGGACCACGGCAUCUCACACCUGGUCACUGUAGCUCACAGGGAUGUCUUGGAGCAUGGUUUUGGAAUUGACUUCACGGUUGAUGCAGUGUUUUUGGAUCUGCCGUGUCCUUGGCGUGCAGUGUCUCAUGCUAAGAAGAUCCUGAAGACAAGUGGAGGCAAGAUAUGUUCCUUUUCACCCUGCAUUGAGCAGGUACAACGCACCUGUGAGGAGCUGGGCUCCCUGGGGUUUAGUGACAUCUCCACCUUCGAAUGUCUCCAGCGAAACUACGAACACCGCACGGUCAUUUUACCCUAUCCGAAUCUCGGAACGAAAACCGUAUCAAGAGACGAUUCCAAGCAAGCGAGCCCAAAUCCUGACGACAGCUCAUCUUUGCAAGACACAGGAAUACCGGGUACCUCAACGGAGGCCAGACAGGGAGACGGAGCUACAGAUAUUGCCAGUGGUACAACCACCCCUGAGGCUGGCAAACCCCUGGACAGACAGGGUGAGACGGACAGGGAGGAGAGUGAUCGCAAUGAGGGUGGUUCUCAAGCCAAGAGACCCAAGCUGUGCGAGGGGGCACCGCAGGACAACAAGAAGGGCAACAGUCUUAACUAUCCCACCAAGUGCGCUGUGCCGUGGAAAGACAUGCCUGGACACACAGGCUUCUUGACAUUUGCAACACUUUAUAUUUUACCCGGUGGAUCAUGAUUUGAGAGGCAUGGUGACCUGGUGGGGAAGAGUGUGACCCAUGAAAUGAGGUCAGAGAUUUGAAUUUGCAAGGCAGAUCCUUGCUUCUGGGGCAUGCAACUUUCCUGCAUUCCCAGUUGUCGCUCCUUUCCCAAGAGUAUCCAUGGCUGUGGUGUAAGUUGGGGAGAAACGUGAAAUAGACUUUGCCAUCUGGUCCUGGGUCCUGGGGCAAGCGAUUUCACCACCCUUCCCCAUAUACCCCUCUCCCCAAGGCCCAACCUAUAGUACUAUGUCAAAAAUUUGACUUGUAUCCCAUCCGGAGAAAUAGAACACUCUCAGUCUGUGCUUUGCUAACAGAAACUGAAAAUAAACACUGGCCUCCUGAGACAUAUUGGCUUUGGAUACACAAAUCAAGACUCUUUUGAGUCAUGAUGACAUGGAAGUGCACAAGAAAUCGGGAAAUAAAAAAAAAUCUGGAAAG